UGACUGGCCUAGAUUUGGAAUCCAAAAACUUGACAAAAAUAUCACUCGAGCUGGAAUGUUCAUUUCAUUGUUCAAGACCUCUGCAUCAGAAACCUUAAAAGGAUAAUAUAAACUCGCUGAGGGCUGUUGCUGCCAGUUGUUCUAGAAUUUGCUGUUCUAGCCCUUGUGCAGAAGUAGCUCUUCUGAAUUAUCACCAUGAAUGUGACAAGCUUGUUUUCCUUCACAAGUCCUGCUGUUAAAAGACUUCUGGGAUGGAAACAAGGGGACGAAGAGGAAAAAUGGGCAGAGAAGGCUGUUGACGCCCUAGUUAAAAAACUGAAGAAGAAGAAAGGAGCAAUGGAAGAGUUAGAAAAGGCGCUAAGCUGCCCAGGCCAGCCCAGCAACUGUGUAACCAUCCCUCGUUCCUUAGAUGGGCGGCUUCAGGUCUCACAUCGAAAGGGGCUGCCCCACGUUAUUUAUUGUCGUGUGUGGCGCUGGCCAGAUCUUCAGAGCCAUCAUGAACUUAAACCAUUAGAGUGCUGUGAAUUUCCCUUUGGUUCAAAACAGAAGGAAGUUUGCAUCAACCCGUAUCAUUACAAGCGAGUAGAAAGUCCUGUUCUUCCUCCAGUGCUGGUUCCUAGACACAGUGAAUACAACCCUCAGCACAGUCUCCUGGCUCAGUUUCGCAACUUGGGACAGAAUGAACCACACAUGCCCCACAAUGCGACUUUUCCAGACUCUUUCCAGCAGCCCAAUAGUCACCCAUUCCCACAUUCACCCAACAGCAGCUAUCCAAACUCGCCCGGAAGCAGCAGUGGCACCUAUCCUCAUUCACCUGCAAGCUCCGACCCAGGAAGUCCUUUCCAGAUGCCAGCCGAUACUCCCCCUCCUGCUUACCUCCCACCAGAAGAUCAGAUGACCCAGGACGGUUCACAGCCAAUGGAUACCAAUAUGAUGGCACCUUCAAUUCCUCAAGAAGUAAACAGAGGAGAUGUUCAGGCAGUUGCCUAUGAGGAGCCAAAACACUGGUGCUCCAUUGUCUACUAUGAGCUCAAUAAUCGGGUGGGAGAGGCAUUUCAUGCCUCUUCCACAAGUGUGUUGGUGGAUGGCUUCACUGAUCCUUCAAACAACAAGAACAGGUUUUGCCUGGGGCUGCUCUCGAAUGUUAAUCGGAAUUCCACCAUUGAGAACACCAGGCGGCAUAUUGGCAAAGGAGUGCAUCUCUAUUAUGUUGGUGGCGAAGUCUAUGCAGAGUGUCUUAGCGACAGUAGUAUAUUUGUGCAAAGUCGAAAUUGCAAUUACCAUCAUGGUUUUCAUCCAACCACAGUAUGUAAAAUUCCAAGUGGCUGCAGUUUGAAGAUCUUCAACAACCAAGAGUUUGCUCAACUUCUGGCUCAGUCGGUGAACCAUGGUUUUGAAACAGUGUAUGAACUCACCAAGAUGUGCACUAUCCGCAUGAGCUUUGUAAAGGGCUGGGGAGCUGAGUAUCACCGACAAGAUGUCACAAGUACACCAUGUUGGAUUGAGAUUCAUUUGCACGGUCCCCUCCAGUGGCUGGAUAAAGUUCUUACGCAGAUGGGUUCUCCUCAUAACCCCAUCUCUUCUGUGUCUUAAAAGGAUUCUGAGCAGCUACACUUCAGACACUAUUGAGCCUUGCAUGUACUUGAAGGAUGUAUGAGUCAGACACAUGCGCAAAACUGGCAGCAGCCUUUGUUAUACUUGACUUCUGUGACCAACUGUUAGAUCAGGAAAAAAAAGUUGCUGAUAUCAAGGUUUUAGUUUACAAUAGUAGUUUGUAUCUUGUGACCCUUUAUGAAGGGCAGUGUGUAUCUUAUGACCCUUUAGGCAGGGCAGUGUGUAAUACUUAGGGAUGACCAGGUCAGUGCAAUGAGGAGGAUACUGUUCUUGAGCGAUCUGAUUUCAUUCAAUAAGAUCUCCUUGUGUUGAGCACCCAGUGUGUUCUUGGAAUGAGUGCCAAAAUUUGAUGGUUGCUCUUUCUCCUUGUUAACCAGCUUUUCACCAUGUUUGAAAGCCAUUGGUCUUGGUAAUAGUUCCUAUCAGAAAAAAAAAAUCAAGGCUUCUGUGUAACCUUCUGAAACUGUGUACUGACCAUACUGCAGCAAGAUUUUUUAAGUAUGCUCUUUGCUAAAUGUAUGUACAGUGUAUUUGGAAGUUAGAGAUGGACUAGCCAAAAGAAAUUAGAUAGACAGGAGAAUGGGGGUGGGAAGGGAAGCUGACAAGGACAGGUAGAAUUAUAAUGUAAACAUAGUUUGUUAAACAACUCCAAGUCUUGCUGUGUGCAUUUCAUUUUUAUAGUGGCUUCAUCUUACUACUAACCAAUAUAUUUCUGCCCAUCCUCAGCUUCAGAGGGCAAGGGUGGGUCAAUAAAUGCUUUUGUCAUGUACUGCAAGGUCUGUAUAUUUCAAGACAAAUUGUACGGCCUUUCAGAGAUUGGGCAGUUUUAUGCAGUUCACAUAACGGAAGUAGCUGUUUCAUUUUGUAAGAGGUUUGUGUUUUGCCAAAGUAGCAGAUGUUAGCAUAUGUUGGGAGGAAUUAAACAACCUAUUCAAGUGUUUCAGACUUAAGGUUAAUUUUUUUUACCAUUUUAAAUUGUUUUCUUUCUGCUAAUGUUUUUAUAUUCAUUCAAGCUAUAAUACUUUUUCAGUAUUUUU